UUCACACAACAUAAAUGAAUCUCAGAAAUAUUAUUCAGAGCAAGAGAAGCCAGAGAGAAAUAUGUACCAAAUGAUGCUGUUUAUGAAAAAUAUAAAACAGGCAAAACUUUAGAAAAGUUGCAAGACCUAGUACAAGGAACAUCCAGAUUCACCAGUUGGUGUAUGCGCUUGUUCAAACUUAUUGAGCUGACUACUUAAGAUCUGGGCAUUUUAUGCAGGUUUUCUUGCUUAUAAAAGACGAUGACUACUGAUGAAGGUGCCAAGAACAGUGGAGAAAACCCAGCAGCAGCUGUGGCUGAACGUGGAGAGGAUAUCACCUCAAAAAAAGAUAGAGGAGUAUUAAAGAUUGUCAAAAGAGUGGGGAAUAGUGAGGAAACACCAAUGAUUGGAGACAAAGUUUAUGUCCAUUACAAAGGGAAAUUGUCAAAUGGAAAGAAGUUUGAUUCCAGUCAUGAUCGAAAUGAACCAUUUGUCUUUAGUCUUGGCAAAGGCCAAGUUAUCAAGGCAUGGGACAUUGGGGUGGCCACCAUGAAGAAAGGAGAGAUCUGCCAUUUACUGUGCAAACCAGAAUAUGCAUAUGGCUCUGCUGGCAGUCUCCCUAAAAUUCCCUCGAAUGCAACUCUCUUUUUUGAGAUUGAGCUCCUUGAUUUCAAAGGAGAAGAUUUAUUUGAAGAUGGAGGCAUUAUCCGAAGAAUCAAACAGAAAGGAGAAGGAUAUUCAAACCCAAAUGAAGGAGCAACAGUAGAAAUCCACCUGGAAGGCCGCUGUGAUGGCAGGAUGUUUGAUUGCAGAGAUGUGGUCUUCAUUGUUGGGGAAGGAGAAGACCAUGACAUUCCAAUUGGAAUUGACAAAGCCCUGGAGAAAAUGCAACGGGAAGAACAAUGUAUUUUAUAUCUUGGACCACGAUAUGGUUUUGGAGAGGCAGGGAAGCCGAAAUUUGGCAUCGAGCCUAACGCUGAGCUUAUAUAUGAAGUGACACUGAAGAGCUUCGAAAAGGCCAAAGAAUCCUGGGAGAUGGACACCAAAGAAAAAUUGGAGCAAGCUGCCAUUGUCAAAGAGAAGGGAACUGUGUACUUCAAGGGAGGCAAGUACAUGCAGGCAGUGAUUCAAUAUGGGAAGAUCGUAUCGUGGUUAGAGAUGGAAUAUGGCUUAUCGGAAAAGGAGUCAAAAGCUUCUGAGUCAUUUCUGCUUGCCGCCUUCCUGAACCUGGCCAUGUGCUACCUGAAGCUUAGAGAAUACACCAAAGCUAUUGAGUGCUGUGACAAGGCGCUUGGACUAGACAGUGCCAACGAGAAGGGCUUGUACAGGAGGGGUGAAGCCCAGCUGCUCAUGAACGAGUUUGAGUCGGCCAAGGGCGACUUUGAGAAAGUCCUGGAAGUGAAUCCCCAGAAUAAGGCUGCACGACUGCAGAUCUCCAUGUGCCAGAAAAAGGCUAAGGAGCACAACGAGCGGGACCGCAGGAUAUACGCCAACAUGUUUAAGAAGUUUGCAGAGCAGGAUGCAAAGGAAGAGGCCAGUAAAGCCAUGGGCAAGAAGACUUUAGAAGGGGUCACCAAUGAAAAAGAAGCAGAAAGUCAAGCAACAGAAGAAAAAGCCGGAGGCCAUGUAUGACACCACGCAAAGGAGGGAAGAGCCCUAAUGAACUCGGCCCCUUCCUCCAUGGGCUGUCACCCAACUCAGGACUCAACAGUGUUUCAUGUAAAGUUUGUUAUAGUCUGUGCAAAUCUGGAAGCAAAUGGCAAAACCAGUAGCUUCCCAGAAAACAGCCACCCUGCUGCUGCCCAGCGUGCUCCUUGAGAGGGUGGCAUGGGACCACUCCCGGUGGAACGAAGCAGAAGUGACUAUUGAUGUGGUGAGAUCGAACCACCAGCUAAGUCCAGCUCAUUUCAGUUUGUGUCAACUUUCAAUAUCUAAUUCAGGGUCCCUUGAGAUAAUCCUAACAAUUUGGGCUGUCUGUUAGGUUUUACAUCUGAUUGAACUUUUAAUAGCACUGCAGAAACCUAAAAAUAAAUGCUUAAUGAUUUUCUCCUUUCCUGCAGUUGGGUGGGAGAGAGGAGGAGGUCUUGGUUUUUAAAUGACUGAAGUGCUAGCAUUCGUAACCAACACAACCCAUAGGGAGAGGGGUCUGGAAUCCCCUCAGGUUCUCCACAGUGCCAGACUCUGAAGCCAGAACCUCAGAGGCCACUUGCUUGCUGACUUUAGUCAAACUUCCUCACUAAGCCAGUCUGCUUGGGAGAGUGGGGCUCUCUGGCACCCAGCCUGGCCCUGGAGGAGGGAAUCUGUCAUUUCCAAAACAUUCUUCAGCAAUGAUAAUGAGCAGAGGGAGUUUCUAGAUUAGCUUUCCCUGCUUUCCCUGAAGUUCUGAGAUGCUGAAAUGUGAAAAGAGUAAUCAGAAUUAUGCAUUUUCCCCUCCUCUGUCUCUUGUAGGAACUAAUAUGGAGUACCGUACUGCCUGCUAGCAUUGCUGCCAUUCAGUUUCUGAUUUCCAUUCUAAACCUUGCUAUUAAGAAUUUAAGACUUGUUCUUAGAAUAUCUCUGACCUGGAGUGGAUUUAUUUACAUAUCCACUUAGGAUUCAUGCAGCUUUUUUUUUUUUUUUGUCUUUUUUAAAUCACUGGCUCAUAAACAUGUAUACUGGUUUAUGGAACUUUAUUUACACUCCUCUAUCAUGCAAAAAAUGUUUGACUUUUUACUACGAAGUAGCUUGAUUUUUAAAAACAAAAUCUGCAGAGUUGGAAAAAUAAGCAGUUGCUCUUGUACGUUAAGGGUUUUCCUCGCAGGUUUGGCACGCAGCAACUUUCUUAUGGCUUCUUUGUUCUGGUGUAAGUCGUGAAAAAGAACUGAAAACUGCUUCCUGUGCAGGCACAUCUAGCCUAAAAGCUCCAAUCCUGGGGCAUUGAAUCAGGGCAAGUCAGAGUACGUACAUGUAGUGGAAUCUUGGUCCUUACGGGUAAGUGAGAUUGAACAUGGCUUUCUCUCCCCAUGGCCUGAGAAGCACUUGUGGGAAUGCGUUUGCAAUCAAAGGAAACAGUAGCUCCAACCUGGAACAUCUCACUUUGUAAAAUCCUAAAGAACACUGGCAAUUACUAGUUUUAACUUUUAUGGUGGUUUUAGCAAAACACUUGUUAGGUUAGGACCCACAUCAAAACCUAAAAAUAAAAUAAUUUCCAUUUAUACCAUUUUUUUUUCUCCAUGGAACAAGUGGAAUUAAAUUGUGAGUUUCUCCUUUGACAACUAGAAUGCUUUUAAUUCUCACUUUUGUCUUUAUUCAUGAGAUUUCUUUUAAAAGCCCCAAUCUCGCCUAGGAAAUAUGAAAAGCAGAAGUUGAUUUUGCUUUGUUGCUUGACUGUUUAGUAUUUGUAGCUCUUUUGACUAGAGCAUGACUCCAGUGAGAUUUGAUUCUAAGGCCAGUUAGCUUUUUGCAGGUAGCAAACAAAAAAACAGGUUCUAAAACUUAGAUUAUCCUAGCCAAUUGUCUCCAAAUGUGUGUUAUGGGUCACCAGCAGGGAGUGGGCAAGAGUGUGCACAGAGGGGAGGACAGGGGGUAUGCAGGUAGUUCUGAGAAAAUGAGGGUGAGGUGCCCAUCACCACUCAAGAAAAAGAAACUUCAUAUGUUCUUGUAUCAAAUUCAGUAAUCUUAAUUUGUCUAGAAACCAGUGGAUGUCUUUGAACCAUCUUUCAGACUGCAUUUGGAGUGCUGAGGCAGCAUAUAUGAUGAAUUGAAAACUUGUUUUUUAAAAAAAGAAAAACAUUCAGAUGCACUUUUUUGUGUUCCUUAAAUAAACAACCAAACAUGA